UUACCUUGAAGUGGUUUCGUGACCUUGCUUUGAACAAUCUCGUCUGCAUAAUAGACACACAUAGUGAUUAGUUAGUUGGUUAACAUUUCCUUUCAUACAUUACAGGAGAUAACAAACGAAGUGCGUGAGUUUUCUCGGCGUAAGGACCACAAACAGAAGGACUGCUGUGUCGUGGUGCUCAUGUCACAUGGGGAGGAAGGCGUCAUCUUCGGAACCGACGGCGUCCCCGUGCAGCUGGACGAAAUCUUCAGCAUGUUUGACAACAAGAACUGCCUUCGUCUGAAGGGGAAACCAAAGUUGUUCUUCAUCCAAGCUUGCCGUGGAUCGAAGGUUGACAAAGACGAACCGGACGGCCCAGAGCCUGCCGUUAAGGUCAACCUUAAGCGCGAGAUCAGAAACCUCCUGCACCUCCCCGAGGAUGAGAGCGAUGGGCCACUGCAAGACUCACAGACAACCAGGACCGACAUGCUCUGUGGGUACGCCACACAACCAGGGUAUAAGUCAUUCAGGAACAGGGAGAAUGGCAGUUGGUUCAUCCAGGACAUCACCAAGGUGUUCAUGGAGCACGCCAAGGACAAGAGUCUGAGGGAGAUGAUGCAAAACGUGAUCGAGGACGUGUCCAAGCGAACAGCAUUUUGCCCAGGUACACCUGACCACGGGGGCAAGGAAAAGGCCGAGUUUGAUCACAGUCUGCUCAAGCCUCUGUACUUCUUUCCUGGCUUGUAAUAGAGGACAACAGUGGUGUCAUAACGCAAACAAACAAAACGCAUUCAACUAACUGGAUAACCUUUGUAAUGGGUGGUGUCAGACUUCAGAAGUAAAACAAGAAAUUUACCAAUUUGCUCUAGUUUGUCAGGCUUUUAUAUUUUGGUGCGAAGUUACGUGUGUCAGAAAAAGGAAUUGGUCAUGUAAAAAUUAAGAUGGUGGCUUAAGCUAGUUUUCAUUCAUUUUGCUUUAUCAUAUUGCGUUACGUACCUUUUAGUUUAAAGUUGGAAUUUACCAUCAUGUAGCGUCAAUGAUGAUUAAUUGAUAUGUGAUGAUAAAAAAAUGAUUGCUCAGCUUUCUAUAACAUGGAAAGAAU